AUGUUCACCAACGUGUUGCUCUCCGUCGCAGCUCUCGCUAGCCAGGCUCUCGCUGCUCCCACCCUCGAGCAGGCUUCGCAGCUUAUUACUCGUCAGGGCUAUGUUUCAACCUGCACGUCGACCUACAAUGUCUUGUCGGGCGAUGCCUGUUUCGUCAUCAUAGACAAGUUCCACAGCCAGUUUUCGCUCGCCGACUUUUAUUCGUGGAACCCCGAGGUCGACUCGAACUGCAGCAACCUCUUCCCAGGCGAGACCGUCUGCGUGGGCGUGAAUGGCACGGCCACGCCUCUUCCGGCCUGCCCGUCUCCCGUGAAGCCGGGCCUCGUCACGGACUGCGACGACUGCUACACGGUCGUCGACGGCGACACCUGUGGUGCCAUCGCGACCACCAACGACAUCACACUCGCCGAGUUUUACUCCUGGAACCCGGAUCUCGACAACGAGUGCCUUACGCUCGAGGUCGACUACAACUACUGUGUUGGCGUUUCCGCUUAA